AUGCCCGUCCUCCUCCCUACAGAACUCAUCGAUCACAUCAUCCACCAAGCGGUUCACACUGGACAAUCACAUCCCAAGGGGACAUCAUCCAUUGCACUCCUAUCACAUCGUUAUCGCACCGUUUCACAUAGGGAGCGCUUCUCCUCAGUUGCGUUCAUGGACUGGCCGACCGAUUACAACAAAGGCAAAUUUAUAUUUCGUAUACUUGGACUGGCCAAACUCAUAGCCGAGUCUAUCCAAUACCCCAGGAUGCGCGGUGUACACACAUUUAUCACAUCAUUCUCACUCAUUGCAUGGCCCUAUAGAGACAUCCUCAAUGACACAUUGCAAAUCUCACAAUCCUUGAUCACAAUCCUUGACAACCUGUUCCGCGACCCGUCGUCACUAUCAUCCACCCCGUAUCGCACUCUGACGCUAAGGACACCGCGUGGAUGGCCCAACGACAAGGCUCUAGCUGCUUCACUUCGCUCUAUGAUCAAAACAUCGUACAUCAACGCCCUUUACGUGAACGACCGCUCAGGUUUGCCGUGUGAUAUCAUCCUCGGAUCCAACAUUGAACAUCUAACUAUCGAACACGGCUUUUACUUGGACAGGAAACUCAACACGCUCACCGUCUCAUACUUGAGGAAAAUAGACAAAGAAACACCGCCAAUAACACCCAUCGGAUUCUUCCAACACGAGGAUCCACCACCGCUUCUCGAAAAAUUCACUUUGAAAAUAACAUUAUUCAACUCUUUUCCACCUCCCUUCGGCUCACCGGAGGAUGACCUCAAGAGCGCCAUACAAGAAAAACACGAAAUCUCACAAUGGGACAAGCACCUAUCUUCCCUAAAACCACUAUGCAAUCUUCACAUAAUCACGGCAGACGUGCUCAUUCGACGCCUUGUAUUCUUUCCUGGAGAGAUUCAGUGCUACCCAAACUGGAAAGAUACAUGGUGCCCCUACUUUUCCGAUGCAUUUGUGAAGUGCAAUAGGGUGUAUAAGGCUGUACAUGUGACAGUGCGCGCGGACACGAUCUUGCAUGCAAAAGUCAAGAAUCCAGAACAUUAUUACCGGGCUUUCUGCAAGUCAAGAUAA